AUGCCCUUGCUGCCGGACGUCCAACAACGAUAUGGAGAGCCGUAUUUGGUAAUUCAUCGCGCGGAUCUCCACAAGGUCCUUCUCGAUAGAGCAUAUAAGGCCGGAGUCAAAAUCAUCCUGGACACGUUCGUUUCCAUCAUCAACGAGGCCGAGCCAUCCGUCAUCCUUGGGGAUGGCACGAAGUUGACGGCGGAUUUGAUCAUCGGAGCGGACGGGCUCAAAUCGCACGCGCGCAAAGCCGUCUUGAACGGCCAGGACGUCAACAUCCGCUUCUCGCCUAGCUGCGUGUAUCGUACGCUGAUUCCGGCGGCGUCGUUACGAAGCAACCCGGACCUGGAGCCGCUCAUUGACCAUGCCAACGCAAUCUACUGGGUCGGACCCCAAGCGCACGUCGUCGCGUACCCGAUCAGCAACAGCACCAUGUACAACUUUGUGCUGUGCGACUCCAGCACGCCGUCCGUGGGGCUGGUGGCGAAAGUGGUGCCGCUGAGCGAACUGCAGACUCGAUUCGGCGACUGGGACCCCCUCGUGCGCCAGCUGAUCGACCUGGUCCCGGAGCCGCUCAAGUGGCAGCUCGCCGAGAUCGAGGAGUCGCCGACGUGGGUGUCGACAUCCGGCAGGCUGGUCGUGAUCGGCGACGCCAGCCACGCAAUGGUGCCGCAUCUCGCCCAGGGGGCUGCCAUGGCGCUCGAGGACGCCGCCGCCCUGGCCGAGUGUGUGGACAGAGCUGCUGACCGCACGGACCUUCCUGUCCUGAUGGGACAUUUUCAGGACAUUCGGAGAGACCGCUGCUAUCGCAUCCAACGAGAGGCGCGCGAGCUGGGUGAGAUGUGGCAUAUCCCCGAUGGGCCGGAGCAGGAGAGACGAGACCAGGACAUGCGCCAGGCCAGUCUGGAAGACUCCUGGUCUGUGGCUACGAGUGACAACCCGAAUCGCUGGGGCGACGCAAAGUUCCAGCCCUAUCUCUUCGGCUACGAUGCUUUCCAGGAGGCGAUAACACACCUUGAUACACACUAUAAACAACCACAGAGAUGA